AUGAUGGCGGGUUCUGCCGCAGAGGAGAAAACCUUCCGCCGCUUCCUGGAGCUGUUCCUCCGGGAGAUGAGGAUGCCUCUGCAGGACACUGACCCUGUGCCGACCCGCCCCGUGUCCGACCUGCUCACGGAGGACGAGCUAGAAGGGGAAUGCCUGGAGCUGUGUCUGCAGCACCUCUACAAAUAUAACUGCCCGUGCUCGCUGGCCGCUGCCCUGGCCCGGGCCACAGCAGACGGGGUCCUGCAGAUGGACAUGACGCCUCUUAGCCGGACCCAGGAAGGAGUGGACUUUCCCCAUUGUUGA